CUUCACCUCGUAUCCACCGCGAUCCUUGCAAAUGGGCUCGAAACCUUUGUAGUCGUGAUCCCAUGACCCAACCCACAGGUCUUCCAAAGCACCGUGGUGCCCAUAUAUAGCCCUCCACCCCUCCCUCAUACCUACCAAAAGCACAAUCCUCAUAAACCACAACAUACGACCACAAGCCCAAUCAAUCCACAUCUCAACCCAACCAAACCAAAACAAUGACCCCCCCAAAAACCCCAGCCUACAUCACGCGCACCCAAAACUGGGACCCCGCCCGCGAGCACCCCGCCCUGGCGUGGAUGGAAAAUUGCACGCACGCCUGGGACACGCGGCAGAGCUGGACCACGCCCCACACCGACUGGGUUACCACAGACUUCGUAUUCGUCAAGCCCAACGGCGAGCGGUGCACGGGCGGGCUGCCGGCGUGGGAGGCGAUGCGGCAGGAGUACGCGGCGUUUGCGGGAUCGCACCACGAGCCCAGCUGGGUGUGCGUGGUGGACUGCGAGGACGAUGAGGGCGGUGGGUGGGAGUUUGUCGGCGAGGGGAAGUUGUUCAUCCAGUUGCCGGACGGAAAACGCCCUGCGGACCGAACGGUGCGGGAUCUGGAUGGGCGGGAGUGGGAUCUGGCGGUGGAGAGUAUGUUUCGGUUUCGGUUUGUGAGGACGCCAAGUGCGGUCAAUGAGGGGAUUCGGAUUCAGAGGUUCCAGUUUUAUAGCGACAGUGGGCCGGUGGUGGCGGAGAUGUUGCGGAGGGAGAUUACCUCAUGCGACUUGGUUUUUCUCCUAAUACUUGAUUUGCUGGGCAAGAGGCAACGGCUGCAAAUCAUGUAG